AUGAGCUCAGUCGAAUUGUCACAGAAUGUGGCGAGCCACAAAGUGCCAUCCAAUACCCAUAAUGAAGGUCCUGUGCUGCAAGUGCUUGGAGAAUCUACUUCCCCUUCUGAAGAUAAAGACACUCUGGCUUGUUAUAUGGGCUGCGUCGAGUUAUCGUCCAGUACAAGCGAGGAUGCGACCGAUGACGUUGCUUCAAAGUCAUACAAUCAUUUCAACCCACAUAAUGUCUUCAGCGAAUCGCCAGCCGCAUUGUUAAUCUCUCCAGAAUAUAUAAUCAAGCCAGAUGGUAGGCAUGUAUGGAACACUAGAGUGGAAGAACCCCCACUUGGGCAAGGUUGUGCAACAGAUGAAGUAACCUUGUUCCAGAAAGCUAAAAAGGAUUCCAUUACUGGAUCAGAUUACGAAAAGUGGCGAAGGGAAUUGCGAAGAUGUUUCAAAGCGGAACUGGACCGUCGAGUUCAAGAGGCUGUUGAAAUUCCUCCACGGGAAAAGCUAGCCCAACUUCUCUUGAACGAACGCUUCCGAAGGGCUUUACAACGUAAUGCGGAGAAGCAAAAGUUACGAGAAAUAAUCACAAAAAUGAAUGAAAUCGCCGGAGACUUCAACGCUUUAGGACUGAACGACCCUUCUUUCCAACCAAACUUUCGUAACACGGUCGAUAGAAGAAUACACCCGGAAACUCAUCGGCUACAGAAACGUUAUCUGAGCAGGACAACACUGUGCGGAAACGAUGGACAAACUUUCAACUUGGUGCAUUCUCUUCGGCCACAGGUUUCGCCGCUGUUGUCCAGGACCUGUGUUGAAGGAACACGCCCAUUUCCUGAAUUAAAAAAUUUACAAUGUCGUCAGGAAGGUGGUAUUUGCGAAAAUGGAACCUUGGUGCCUCACUUAAAUAACAUCGCUUUGGAUUCCAUUAGACAAUCUUUCCCAUUUUACCAUGGAAUGGAGCGUAUCGGAAAUCGCAUCGCUUACUCGCGUUGGCCAUUUGAUAAAGAAUGGCCCCCAAUGGAGCUUCACUGUCCCUGUACCAAGAGCGCGCGCAGCACACAUUGCUGUUCGUUCCAGCGCGAGCGCAUGCAGACCCAACGGAAACCACAAUGCGGUGAUAUGGGAAAUGAACAAAGAUUCAGCUUCGACUGGGAUCUGACAUCCAAUUUAGACUGGAGCCGAGUAGAGUGUCUGGAUGAAGCAAAUGCGUUCACGGUCGGAGAUCGUCAGCUGAUCGAUGAUUUACGAAAAGUAUGCUGCACCCACGGUCGCAUGACACAAAGGUGGUCCAAGAGAAGUCUGUUACUGCAACGUAUGGGUGCAAUGACCCGUGAAGAAAAGAACAUGUUCUAUUUCAGUGCAACCAGAACAGCAUUCAUUCUCGCCACCUUGAGCCAAAAUGACGAACUUCCAGACGGAACACGCUUCCACAGGGUCGCUCUUUCAAAGCCAUCUCUCCUACAGUCCCUACAGUACCGGUUCGAAACAGCGGUACCGAGGAAUGUGAGAUGUAUUCUCACAGCAAAUCAUAGGGCCUCCUCGUCUCAUUCAGCGGAUGUAAAUUCUACCGGACGACAAGCAUCCAAACCGCUUCCUGUGUACAUCGACUGGUGUGGUGUAGUACGGGACAAGCAUGGACCCUUUUGGCCACUAGGAACCGGACCGCUGUAUCCAGUCCCGGACCACUUCCGUCCGGGGGCAACGGAGCACCGAAUUGUGGAAAUGAGCACAAAGUAUUCGUUGUUACACAUCUCGAAAGCAGCAACAAAGCUGGACUGGUCAAAGGGGGACAGCUCAGCAAGCUGGGACACACCGCGGCUAAUGUAUGAUAUGGAAACCAGUCCCCAGUGGACUCCAACAACUUUGGAGAUGCUCGCGCUGUGCUCACAAAUGAACUCUAGUGACCCAGGGAAACAGGACGUGCCCCCAUCUCUCGUGUUUGAAUCGCGUUUCGAAUGUGGUAACCUUUGGCGUGCGAAGCGAGUAGGACUGUUCGAGUACGAAUUGACGUUGAGGCCUGAUAUGCAUACAAGUAAACACGUUCAAUGGUUCUACUUCGCGGUUCGAAAUGCAAUCCCGAAACAGACCUAUCGAUUCCGGAUUGCGAACUUCACGAAGAAAACGAGUUUGUAUUCCGAGGGUAUGCAAAUAUUGUUCUACUCCGAGAAAGAGGCAGCGGAUACCAAGCGCGGUUGGUAUCGUACUGGACAUAACAUCAGUUACUGCAAACACACAGAACCAACAGAUGACCAGCUACCAAACGCUGAAUCCUCAGUACACCAAUUGCAGUGGGACAUGUUCUUUCCUCACGCAAAUGACUUGUGCUACAUGGCCUAUUGUUACCCGUAUUCCUUUACGGAGCUAAAGCAUGAUCUGGAAACGAUGUUACAAUCCGUGAAGAAGCACGGCCUUGCAGACGAGACAGUGAAGUGUGACGUGUUGUGCCAAACGGAAGCCGGUAAUUCUUGCUUUCUCCUCACAAUCACCGAUCCAAACAUUGGGGACACGCAGAAGACAGGCGUGGUCGUUACUGCAAGAGUGCAUCCUGGUGAGACAAAUUCCAGCUGGAUUAUGCUCGGGUUGAUGCGGUUCUUGUGUGGAAACAGCCCGGAAGUUGUUCAACUACGUAGCCGUUUUGUAUUCUUCCUGGUACCUAUGCUCAAUCCUGAUGGAGUGAUAAUCGGAAAUUAUCGCUCAUCCUUCGCCGGCCAUGAUUUGAACCGUAACUAUCGUCACCCACACAAAGAUGUCUUUCCCACCGUAUGGCAUACAAGGCGCCUGGUCAAAGAGUCUAUCAUGCGUUAUCGAGAUACAAUAUUCUGUGAUUUGCACGGGCAUAGCAGAAAGCACAAUGUUUUCAUGUAUGGUUGCGACGCUGCCUACCGUUCCUCUGCCGAGUCCGGGAAUCAGAAGACACAACGCGAUAAUCUUUCAUCUGGACGCCUUCAAGAGCGACUUCUGCCGUAUUUUGUUUGGAAGCAGACCCCGGAAAAGUUCUCGUUACCUGGAUGCCAAUUCUCCAUCCACCGCACGAAGGAGUCAACUGGCCGUGUGGUUUUUUGGAGGGAGUUCGAACUUACCCACAGUUUCACCUUGGAGGCAUCAUUUAAAGGCUCCAAAAAUGCACAAUCCGAAGUGCACCACUUUGACCAAAGUGAUUACAUGGAAUUUGGAAAAGAAUUCGCGAUGGCGCUGUUGAACUUUGACCGGGUUGUCACAAAUCCAAAGUGA